AUGGCUGAGACCUCGGAGCCUGGCGGGGCUCAAGCCCCUCCAGUCACUGCUGCCGCACCCGGCUGGCCCAAAUUGACCCACCCGGGCAAGGCCAUCCUGGCAGGUGCCAUUGCGGGGGGCAUCGAGAUCUGCAUCACCUUCCCCACUGAGUAUGUAAAGAGGCAGCUGCAGCUGGAUGAGAGGGCCAACCCAUCUCGCUACAAGAGCAUUGGGCACUGUGUGAGACUGACUGUCCAGGACCAUGUCUUCCGGGGGCUGUAUAGGAGCCUCAGUUCCCUGCUGUACAGCUCCAUCCCGAAAUCUGCUGUCAGGUUUGGGGUCUUUGAGGUCUUCAGCAAUUCUGCCAAGGACCCUCAAGGGAAGCUGGACAGCAAGAAGAGUUUGCUGUGUGGCAUUGGGGCUGGCGUGGCAGAGGCCGUGGUGGUCGUCUGUCCCAUGGAGACCAUCAAGGUGAAGUUAAUUCAUGAUCAGGGGUCCCUGGCACCCAGGUACAGAGGCUUUUCCCAUGGAGUUUGGGAAAUUGUGUGUGGGACUUACCAGGGCCUCACGGCCACCGUCCUCAAGCAAUGCUCCAACCAGGCUAUCCGCUUCUUCGUCAUGACCUCCUUCUGCAACUGGUAUCUAGGGGAUGACCCCCACAGGGAGAUGAACCCAUUUGUCACGGCUGCGUUUGGGGCCACUGCGGGAGCAGCCAGCGUCUUUGGCAACACCCCCCUGGAUGUCAUCAAGACCAGGAUGCAGGGACUGGAAGCAUACAAGUACCGAAACACCCUGGAUUGCGCCUACGAGAUCCUGAAAAACGAGGGCCCUUUGGCGUUCUACAAAGGGAUGGUCCCCCACCUUGGCCAGGUCUGUCUGGAUGUGGCCAUUGUUUUUGUCAUUUAUGAGGAGGUGGUGAAACUUCUCAACAAGGUCUGGAAAACCAUGUAA